AUGUAUGUUUUUAAAAGAGAUGGUAGAAAAGAACCAGUUAGAUUUGAUAAAAUCACAGCAAGAGUUCAAAGAUUAUGUUAUGGUUUAGAUCCAAAUCAUGUUGAACCAGUUGCUAUUACUCAAAAAGUAAUAUCUGGUGUUUAUCAAGGUGUUACUACAAUUGAAUUAGAUAAUUUAGCUGCUGAAACAGCUGCAACAAUGACAACAAUUCAUCCAGAUUAUGCUAUAUUAGCUGCAAGAAUUGCUGUUUCAAAUUUACAUAAACAAACUACAAAACAAUAUUCAAGUGUUUCAAAAAUGUUAUAUGAAUAUAUCAAUCCAGAAACAGAUAAACAUGCUCCAAUGAUUUCAAAAGAAACUUAUGAUAUAAUUUUAAAACAUUCAGAUGAAUUAAAUUCUGCUAUUGUAUAUGAUAGAGAUUUUAAUUAUAAUUAUUUUGGUUUUAAAACUUUAGAAAGAUCUUAUUUAUUAAGAAUUAAUGGUAAAGUUGCUGAAAGACCUCAACAUUUAAUUAUGAGAGUUGCUAUAGGUAUUCAUGGUGAUGAUAUUCCAAGAGUUAUUGAAACUUAUAAUUUAAUGUCUCAAAGAUAUUUUACUCAUGGUUCUCCUUGUUUAUUUAAUGCUGGUACUCCAAAACCUCAAAUGUCUUCAUGUUUUUUAGUUGCUAUGAAAGAUGAUUCUAUUGAAGGUAUUUAUGAUACUUUAAAAACUUGUGCUUUAAUUUCUAAAAGUGCUGGUGGUAUUGGUUUACAUAUUCAUAAUAUAAGAUCAACUGGUGCUUAUAUAGCUGGUACUAAUGGUACUUCAAAUGGUAUUAUUCCAAUGGUUCGUGUUUUUAAUAAUACUGCUCGUUAUGUUGAUCAAGGUGGUAAUAAAAGACCAGGUGCUUUCGCUUUAUAUCUUGAACCUUGGCAUAGUGAUAUUCUUGAUUUUAUUGAUAUUAGAAAAAAUCAUGGUAAAGAAGAAAUUAGAGCAAGAGAUUUAUUUCCUGCUUUAUGGAUUCCAGAUUUAUUUAUGAAAAGAGUUGAACAAAAUGGUGAUUGGACUUUAUUUUCUCCUAAUGAAGCUCCUGGUUUAGCUGAUCAUUAUGGUGAUGAAUUUGUUGAAUUAUAUGAAAAAUAUGAAAAAGAAGGUCGUGGUAGACAAACUAUAAAAGCUCAAAAAUUAUGGUAUAGUAUUUUAGAAGCUCAAACUGAAACUGGUACUCCUUUCAUGUUAUAUAAAGAUGCUUGUAAUGCUAAAUCAAAUCAAAAAAAUUUAGGUAUGAUUAAAUCAUCUAAUUUAUGUUGUGAAAUUGUUGAAUAUUCUGCUCCUGAUGAAGUUGCUGUUUGUAAUUUAGCUUCAAUUGCUUUACCUUCAUUUAUUGAUCAAGAUGAAACUCAUUCUUGGUAUAAUUUUGAAAAAUUACAUGAUGUUACAAAAGUUGUUACACGUAAUUUAAAUAGAGUUAUUGAUCGUAAUUUUUAUCCAGUUCCAGAAGCUGAAAAAUCAAAUAUGAGACAUAGACCAAUUGCUUUAGGUGUUCAAGGUUUAGCAGAUGCUUUUAUGAUUUUAAGAAUUCCUUUUGAUUCACAAGAAGCAAGAGAAUUAAAUAUUCAAAUUUUUGAAACUAUGUAUCAUGCAGCCGUAGAAGCAAGUAUGGAAUUAGCUCAAGAAGAAGGUCCAUAUGAAACUUAUCAAGGAUCUCCUGCAUCACAAGGUUUAUUACAAUUUGAUUUAUGGAAUAGAAAACCAACUGAAUUAUGGGAUUGGGAUUUAUUAAAACAAAAAGUCGCUAAACAUGGAUUAAGAAAUUCUUUAUUAGUUGCUCCAAUGCCAACUGCUUCAACUUCACAAAUUUUGGGAAAUAAUGAAUGUUUUGAACCAUAUACUUCAAAUAUUUAUUCAAGAAGAGUUUUAGCUGGUGAAUUUCAAAUUGUAAAUCCUUAUUUAUUAAGAGAUUUAGUUGAUUUAGGUAUAUGGAAUGAUGCAAUGAAAAGUAGUAUUAUCUCUAAUAAUGGUUCAAUUCAAGCUUUACCAAAUAUUCCAGAUGAAAUUAAAGCUUUAUAUAAAACUGUAUGGGAAAUUUCUCAAAAACAUAUUAUUGAUAUGGCAUCUGAUAGAGCGGCUUUCAUUGAUCAAUCACAAUCAUUAAAUAUUCAUAUUAAAGAUCCAACAAUGGGUAAAUUGACUUCCAUGCAUUUUUACGGCUGGAAGAAAGGUUUGAAGA